AUUGAAGUUAUAUAAGGCUAACAUUUCUCUCUCUCUCUCCUUUAGCUGUUUCGAGAAGUACGAAUAAUGAAGCUGUUGAAUCAUCCUAAUAUAGUUAAAUUAUUUGAAGUUAUAGAAACCGAGAAGACUCUGUAUUUGGUAAUGGAAUAUGCCAGUGGAGGUGAGGUGUUCGAUUACUUGGUGGCUCACGGGAGGAUGAAAGAGAAAGAGGCGAGGGCGAAAUUUCGACAGAUAGUGUCCGCUGUGCAGUACUGCCACCAGAAGAACAUUGUUCACAGGGACCUGAAGGCCGAGAACCUGCUGCUGGACGCGGACAUGAACAUCAAGAUCGCGGAUUUCGGAUUCAGCAACGAGUUCAUUCUGGGGAGCAAGCUGGACACCUUCUGCGGCUCGCCUCCCUACGCAGCCCCCGAGCUCUUCCAGGGCAAGAAGUACGACGGGCCUGAGGUGGAUGUGUGGAGCCUGGGGGUCAUCCUGUACACGCUGGUCAGCGGCUCGCUGCCCUUCGACGGGCAGAACCUCAAGGAGCUCAGAGAGAGGGUCCUUCGAGGGAAGUAUCGAAUCCCCUUCUACAUGUCCACCGACUGUGAGAACCUGCUGAAGAAAUUCCUCAUCCUCAACCCGGGCAAGAGGGGCAGCCUGGAGCAGAUCAUGAGAGAUCGCUGGAUGAACGUGGGGCACGAGGACGAGGAGCUGAAACCAUAUAUUGAGCCCAUGCCUGACUACAAAGACCCGAAGAGGACAGAGACAAUGAUCACGAUGGGGUACUCCCAAGAGGAGAUUCAGGACUCUCUGGUCAACCAAAAAUACAACGAAGUCAUGGCAACCUACCUCCUGCUUGCAUACAAGACGCCCGAGCUGGAUGACGGCAGCAACGCGGCUCUGAAACCACGUCCAGGAAGUGACCUCACAAACAGCAGCGUCCAGUCGCCUUCCCACAAGGUACAGCGCAGCGUCUCGUCCAAUCAGAAGCCUCGGAGGACGGAGCCAGGCUCCUCGAUCCCCUCCUCUAACUCCUACUCCAAGCGCUCCCAGACCAAGACAGACACAGACGAGUCCCGCAAGCCUGGCAGUGCAGCCAAGGUACCGGCCAGCCCUCUGAGCAGCGGCGGCGACCGCAAGAAGAGCACCCCUACCCCUUCCACAAACAGCAUCCUCUCAACCGGGACGAGUCGGAGCAGAACCUCCCCGAUAACAGAGAGGAGCAGCGUGGGGCAGGGCUCUGUGCUGAACGGCAAGGACAGUUUAACCACGCCAGGCUCCCGAGCCUCCACUGCCUCUGCCUCUGCUGUGCUGACCUCGGCCAGGCCUCGCCACCAGAAAUCCCAGUCCAGCCAGGGCUCCCUGACCCCCUCCGACAAGCACUGCGAGGUGCAGAGGCCCAGCACGGCCCCUCAGAGAGUCCCAGUGGCGUCUCCCUCCGCCCACAACAUCAGCAGCGCCGCCGUGACGGACCGUACCAACUUCCCCCGGGGGGUGGCCAGCCGAAGCACUUUCCACGCCGGCCAGCAAAGGGCGACGCGAGACCAGCACGGCGUGGCGUACAACGGCCCCCCGGCCUCUCCCUCCCUCUCUCAUGGGAACAGCCAGGCGCGGCGCGGGGGGGGCACCGGUAUCUUCAGCAAGUUCACCUCCAAGUUUGUGCGCAGGCAUGUGGUCGGCGGUGGGAUCGCAGGCGGAGUGGACAAGGAGAAGGACCUGAGGCUGGACUCGAAGCCGCGCUCCCUGCGCUUCACGUGGAGCAUGAAGACCACCAGCUCCAUGGACCCCAGCGAGAUGAUGAAGGAGAUCCGCAAGGUGCUGGACUCGAACAACUGCGACAGCGAGCUGAGGGAGCGCUUCGUGCUGCUCUGCAUCCACGGGGCGCCCUCGCAGGACGACUUCGUGGAGUGGGAGAUCGAGGUGUGCAAGCUGCCCCGCCUCUCCCUCAACGGGGUGCGCUUCAAGAGGGUCUCCGGGACCUCCAUCGCCUUCAAGAACAUUGCGUCCAAAAUUGCCAACGAGCUCAAACUCUGAGAGAGGGAGGGAGGGGCUGAAACACGUGAGAGAGGAGGGAGGGAGAGUGGGCUGAAACAUU